AUGUGCAUCCUUACAACCUGUUUUGUAGGUCAAUUUCCUUAAACGGUGCCAAAGGAGAGAGGAUGGAAGCAGAAAAUCCUGCCAAGGAAGCAGUCCUCAUGACUGGAGGAGGUGGUUAUUUUGGCUUCCGUUUAGGUUGUGCCAUGUACCAAAAGGGAGUUGAUGUGAUUCUCUUUGAUGUUGCCAAGCCACUUCAAACCGUGCCAGAGGGAAUAAAGUUCGUGCAAGGGGAUGUCUGUUGCCUGCGUGAAGUGGAAGAGGCUCUUCGAGAUGUAAUCUGCGUAUUCCAUAUCGCUUCCUAUGGAAUGUCUGGCAGGGAGCAGCUGAACCGAAAACUUAUAGAAGAUGUUAAUGUGAGAGGAACAGAAAAUGUCAUCCAAGCCUGCAAGAGCGCUGGCGUGUCAAGCCUGGUUUAUACAAGUACUUACAAUGUGAUAUUUGGAGGCCAGAUUAUAGAAAAUGGAGACGAAACACUGCCUUAUCUACCUCUUCACCUGCACCCUGAUCACUACUCCCGGACCAAAUCUUUAGCAGAAAUGAAAGUGCUGGAGGCAAACGGUGCUGAGCUUCAAAAUGGGAAAGGUAUAUUAAGGACCUGCGCUCUCCGCCCAGCAGGCAUCUAUGGGCCUGGAGAACAAAGGCAUCUUCCAAGAAUUGUUAGUUACAUUGAAAAGGGACUGUUUAAAUUUGUCUAUGGUGAUCCUCACAGUUUAGUAGAAUUUGUACACGUAGACAACCUAGUUCAGGCUCAUGUCCUUGCCUUUGAGGCCCUCAAAGCCAACAAAAAACACAUAGCUGCAGGCCAAGCCUAUUUUAUUUCAGACGGCAGGCCCAUAAAUAACUUUGAAUUUUUCCGACCGCUAGUGGAAGGUUUGGGUUACAGGUUCCCAACCUGUCGCCUUCCUCUCUCCCUUGUUUAUUUUUUUGCAUUCCUUACGGAAGUAGUUCAUUUUCUUGUAGGACAGGUUUAUAAUUUUCAGCCUCUCCUCACUCGCACAGAAGUUUACAAAACUGGUGUCACACAUUAUUUUAGUAUGGAGAAGGCCAGAAGAGAGCUGGGGUAUGAGCCCCAACAGUACAGCCUGAAUGAAGUGGUUGAGUGGUUUAGAUCUCGGGGCUGUGGACCAAAGCCGAGGAAGUACACAGUUAUGCAACUGAUUAGGGAUGGGGGACUGCUCUUGCUGCUGAUUGCUGUGAUGGUCUCAUCCACAGUUACACUUUCACUCUGAAAGAUGAAACGCUGACGAUGGAGGACAGAAUUUAGAUGGGCACUCUUGGAUUUGAGAGGUAACAACAAAAA